AUGUUCCACCGCGAUGCUGGGGGAGACCAGGACUCGGACUCGGACAGCGACCUGUCUCUGGACGAAGAGCGCAGCCUCUCCAUCCCGUCCUCGGAGAGCGAGGAGAACGUGCGCCUGCGCGGCCGCUUCCCGCGCCACUUCAAGCGGGCGGCGCACAGCGAACGCCUCCUCACCGACCCUGCCAACACCACGCCCAAAGACGUGGAUGGUAACGACCUCAUGUCGUACUGGCCGGCGCUGGGCGAGUGCGAGGUUCACCCCUGCUCCCUGCAGAAGUGGGGCUCUGAGCGGAAGCUGGGAUUCGACAUCAACAAGGAUGCAGCCAACAACAAUCAGCCAGACCUGGCCUUGACCAGCGGGGAUGAGAACUCCCUCACCCAGACACAACGGCAAAGAAAAGGGAUUUUGAAGAACCGUCUCCAGUACCCUCCAGCUCUCCAAGGCCUGCCGUCUGUUGGCAGGAUGACCAACGAGCUGACAUGGUACAAGACCUCCACACUAGGUCACAGGGCUGUCCCUGCCGCCUCCUACGGCAGGAUAUACUCUGGGGCAGGCAGCCUGUCUCAGCCAGCCAGCCGGUACUCGUCACGGGAGCAGCUUGACAUGCUGAUGAGGAGACAGAUGUCCCGGGAGCAGCUGAGCAGACACAACUCAGGAGAGUGCUUGGAAGCUGUGCCCAGCCAGCAUGGGUCCAGGGAGGAGCUUGACACUAUCCUCAGUAGGCAUGGCUCCACUGAACACCUGGAAAGUAUCCCGAGCAGACACAGAUCUAGGGAAAACUUGGAUCUACUUGCUGCUAGGCCCAGUCAGAGAGAUCAUGGGAACACGCUGCCCCGGAGGCAGGGCUCUAGAGACCACCUGGACACUUUACCCUGCAGAUUUGGAUCAAGAGAUCAGCUAGACUGUGGGCUGGCAAGAGAGGUCUCUAGAGAGUGGCUAAACACAUUGCCAA